AUGCUCCCUCGCGGCGGCGCGUGCCCAUCGGCGUCCGCCUUCCGUUCGUCUGUGGCGCCGACGCUGUCGAGGGGAGCCGCUGGCCUGUUCGUGACGGAGCCGAGGGCAGUCACCGCCGUGACUGCCAAACCGUUGCCGCGGAGCUCCGCGAGCUGGACGCCGACGGCCCCGCCGGAGGCGGCCUUGCCGCGCGGCGACGGCGGCGGCCCGUGGCCCCAGUCUGGAGCGGGGACCAAGCGGCGCCUGCCUGCUGCUCGCCGGCCGCGGGCUGCCGCGCCGAAGGCAGAGCGGCCGCCGCCUCAGUUCGGCGCGCGCCGGGCGCGUGCGCAGCGGCGCCAGAGGCAGGAGGCCUCGCGGGGGGCUCCCCCGGCGGGGCAGACCCGCCUGCAGCAGCGCUCGGUGACGGCGCUGACUCUGGCCAAGUACGAGCUGGCCUGGCGUCGCUUUCUCGAGUGGCGCCGUCUGGCGUGCGCGCCCGAGGCAGUGCAGCUUCGGGGGCGCGAGGCUCGGGGGGCGACGUUCGAGGACCACCUCGACGACUGGCUGGCUCUCUGGAUGGACGAGGAGUUCCUGAACGGCGAGCAGGCGUACGUCGGGUCGCAGAUGAUGGCCGUGGCGAAGUUCCACCUGCCUGCCUUCGGCAAGUCCGGGGGUCGCAGCCUGCCGCGGGCGGGGCAGUCCCUCCGCGGGUGGCGCCGGCUCGCGCCAGGCCGCGCUCGCCUUCCGCUGCCGUGGGAGGCGGUGGCGCUGCUCGCGGAGCAGCUGGUGCUGGACGGGUACUGGACGACAGCCGUGCUGGUGGUGCUGAGUUUCCACUGCUACUUCAGGCCCAGCGGGGGUUUCAAGCUGAAGCGGGAGAUGAUGGUGCCGCCCCUCAGGGGCAGCCGGUACGGCAACUGGUCGCUGGUGCUCCACCCGUUCGAGUUCACGGUCGCGAGCAAGACGCACCAGUUCGACGAGACCGUGGUCGUGGACGCGCCAGACUUCAAGCUGCUCCUCGACCCCGCGUUGGCGUGGCUGAGAGCCUGCACGCCGCCCCAGCAGUGCCCGUUCGCCUUCAGCCAGGCCGACUUCAUCCAGAGGUUUCGACUGGCCGGGCAGCGGUGCGGCAUCGAGUUGCUUCGGCCCGAGCUGUACAUGCUGAGGCACAGCGGCCCCUCCUUCGACCAGGCCAUCGGCAGACGCACGCUGGCGGAGAUAAAGCUGCGCGGGCGGUGGAUGAGCGACGCCGCCGUGCAGCGAUACCGAAAGGAGGGUCGGGUGUCGGAGCAGCUCCGCCGAUUGCCCGCGCCCGUGCUGGCAAAGGCGAUGGGGGCCCCCGCGCGCCUGCGGACUCUCCUAGGGCGGCCUUCGAACGCCUCCUUUCCGCCCACCGCGGGGCGAGGCAGCGACCGCAGGUCUUUCUAG